GCACUCAGGAAUGUUCGUUGUCAAAUUAGUGCCUAUGCCUCGGGGGAUAUGUAUAAUUUUGUAUAGUUUUGUGGCUUACAAUAAUUGAUUUCUAAUUACUUAUUUUUGAAAUUGUGUAAGAUAAGUGCUAAAUAAAAUUACGUAAUUUCUUUAUACAACAGCUCAAUAAUAGUAGAAAAUGCAGUGAUGUGGAUGUGAGCAAACCAGGUUAUGUGAUGUGAGAAAAACAUCAACGCAAUAUUAACUUUCUUUUAAUAUUAAAUGUCAUAUUUAUAUUAUAAAAAUAUAAUAUUUUGUUUAGAAAGUUAUGUAGUAUUUUUUUCUGAAAUGGCUUAAUUAUUUAAUUGAUUUAAACCUGCAAAGUAGCCCAUAAGCUACUGUCAAAUUUUAUUCUUGUAGCUUAUGAAAUUUUACUCAACUCAGAAAGAGAAUAGGAUCAGUGUAAGAGCUUUGUUUUUUAAUCCUGAAUAGCUUAAACAUAUUGCAUGUGAGAUGAUCUUGAUCUAUUUCUUGAAAUAAAUAUGCACCCAAUCCGAAGACGUAAAAAGCGUCCUAACUAUGGAGUGAGAACAGUUGAAUUGAGUAGAGGUAAAAAUGGUUUUGGUUUUACAAUAUCUGGACAGCAGCCAUGUAUUUUGAGUUGUAUUGUAGCUGGAAGCCCAGCUGAAAACGCUGGUCUAAGAGCAGGUGAUUAUUUAGUAGCAGUUGAAGGGCAAAGUGUAAGUAAAGUUCCACAUGAUGAUGUAGUUCGCCUAAUUGGAGCUUCCACUGGAGUAUUAAAACUACAAAUUGCAGAAAAUUACUACUCUGAUAGUUCAGAUGAUGACGUAGUCGUGACAGCUAGACAAAAACCAAAGUAUCCACACAAACCAAGAAACAACGCUCAUAAUGCACGGUCUGCUGCUGUCACGCAACAAAGUAGAGCAGCUAAGGUUGUCCGGGACUUGCGUACUGGAGCAAUGUUUGAAGAGCAAGUUGUAGUACCUGUGGAAUCAAAAGCACCAAUUUCUCCACUUAGAAGCAUCAAGUUGCUACCAGAUUUGAAUUUGCAUCAGUGGAAACCUCCUUGUCACUUGUCUGCACCAUUAGCCAGAAUUAUCUUACCCAGCACCUCAAAUGAUCUUGCCAAUCAACGAGAACCAGUUGCUGAAGAACCAAUAUACCAAGCAAUUAUUGGUUAUUUGGGAACAAUUGAGAUGCCCAGGAAACUGCCCCCGGGAUCAAGACUUCAGAUUGUCCGAGGCUGUAUAAAGCGACUGAGACUUGAGAAACGAAGUCACACAGCAGUGCUAAUGUCAGUGUUCAACCAAAGUCUGAAGCUUACUAAUAGCUCAGGGCAGACAUUGGCAGUGUACCCUGCAGAUCGAGUAACAUUUUGUGGUGCGAGUUCUGACGAGGACCGAAGACACUUCGGCAUAGUGACUACUUCGGCAGACGAAGAUCCUUCCAACUCGUGUCAUGUGUUUGCAGUUGACCCUCGACCUCAUGCAGAACAUCUACAGAGAGCUCAGACUUUUAAAGUGGAGUGUAAUCUGGAACCAUCGACUGGAUACUGCAGAGAAUUCCCCCAGAAUUGUGACCCUAUAAUUACUCCUAUUAAAGUGUUUUACGAGUCAGGAAUGAGACAAAACGAUAUCGAUGAGCCUGUGAUGGCUAAUUCCCCUCAGCCCAGUAAUGAUAGCACUACAACAACGAGUAACAGUGAUUCAGGAAUAGGUUUUCGUGACGAUUGUGGCAACCAGUCAGACCGGAUUUUAGUGGUAGACGUGCAAAACCAAAGGCUUCACAUACAACAGAUAGAUGAAUCGGAUCAACCUACCCACAGAGUAAGUACGGUUCAGUGUACUCAAAGACUAACAGUGCGGGCCAUGCCUGACCCCGUUGUGGCGAGUAGUAAUCGUAGUCAAUCUCCACUAAGUACUAGCUCGGACAGUCCGGGAGCGAUGAAUGAGAAUAUGAGUGUAAGCAGUGGUGCAACAAAAAGUCCCGAUGUGACUAUGUUACCAUUUGAUGGGAACAAAAACUCCUCUGUUACAGAAAAAACAAAUAUGGUGUUUAAUGGAAUGGAAGUGAAUGGUAAUCGAUCAGCUGAUGACAUGAGUUUAGGAAGUGCUCGUAGUCAAGAUGCUUUAUUAAUGUCCUAUAAACUCAGUCCCAAAGUGUUCAAUGUCCCCAACAUGCAACCCCCACCCACAUCUCAUAGUCUUGAGGAUUUGAAAGUUACCGAACAAAGUCGGGAAACAAAUUCUGUCAGCUUGAAACUUAGUCAGUUUGGAAGCCUUCAAGAACUAAGAAGUUUUGUAUCAGACUGUUUUGAAAGCUCUGCUGCAGUUCAGAAUACGCAUGAAGACCCAGACCAGGGAGUAUCUUGUUGGGCAUCUUCAUUCGAGAAGCUGCUUGAAGAUCCUGAUGGCUUACAAACAUUUGCUGAGUUUCUAAAGAAAGAGUUCAGUCAUGAGAACAUCUACUUCUGGGUGGCAUGUGAGCGCUAUCGUUGGCUGGAGGGAGAGGACGCACGGCGUGAAGCUGCACACCAAAUCUUUGAAAAGCACCUGGCAGUCGGUGCUUCCGAACCUGUCAAUGUAGAUUCCCAAGCACGGCAGGUGUCAGCGGAUGAGCUUAAUCAAGCGCAGCCCACACUGUUUCUCCAGGCCCAGAAGCAGAUAUUUAACCUGAUGAAGUUUGACAGCUACCCUCGGUUUAUCAAGUCAGAACUGUACAAAGAGUGUUUACUGCGAGAGAUUUCGGGGGAGGCACUGCCCCUUCAAGGCAAGCUGGACUCUGGGUUGCAACUCCACCAGAACACUCCUCUGCACCAAACACACUCUAAGUUGAAGAAGAGCCGAAGCGACGCAGAGGAGCGGCGCCGUAAAUCCCUGUUGCCAUGGUCGAGGAAGGCCCGCUGUAAGUCACGUGACCGAUCGGAUGCCGAAUCAGUGAGCAGCAGCCGCUCUUCUUUGGCAUCAUGGGAUCUGGCGCUCGGUCCUGCGCUGUGCCGUGUAGUGCUCCCUGGCGGUGCUACUGCUGUGGUGCAGAUCUGCCCUCCUCAGACUGUCGGCCAGUUGGUGGUCAGACUGCUGGACAAGCGCGGCCUGCGAUACCCCAACUUUCAAGUCUUUAUUGGCCAUUCCAGCAAGACUGUCCCACUGGAUGAGGAUGCUGCAGUACUCGGAGGCCAGGAGGUGAGAGUGGAAGACAGGGUAGUGUUCAGGUUGGACCUGCCCAAUCGUAAGACUGUGGCUGUCAAGUCAAAACAAGGCAAGACUCUUGCCCAGGUCCUCAGGCCUAUCCUGCACAAGUACGGUUACCGGCUCGAGAUGGUCACUUUGUGUCUGAUGAGUGAGAACGAGGUGGUGGAGCCUACCGCACCUGUCACGGCAGUGGACAACCAGAGGCUUCAAGUCUUGACACGCAGUACCCCCACGGAGUGCUCACACUUAGGAUGGCGCAUGGGCGAGUGUCACAGCAAGGUCAAGUCCACUCCUACCCUGGACGAGAUCACAAAUAGAGUGUUCGAGGAGCUGCUGCAGGGCAAAUCAGACAAUCUAACACAGGCUUCAGACCAGGGCUCAGUGAGGUCUGAUGACUGGGGUUCAGAACACUCAUCUGGAAUUCUAGGCCGUUUUAUUCGGAGGGACUCCGCAUUCCUGGAGAAACAUAGAGAGGGAAGACACAAAACUAAAAAAGGUGCCAAAUAUGGUAAUGUCACUGAGGAAUCAAGAACCAAGCCCACCUUGAGCAAGCUGCCUCCACUGAUAGCAAAGUGGAAGCCCACUGUCAAACUGGAUGGCAGAUCUGAGAGCGAUGUGCUGUACGAAGGACUGAAGAGGGCCCAGAGGAGCAGGUUAGAGGACCAGCGAGGCACUGAGAUAAACUUUGAACUGCCAGACUUUUUGAAGGACAAGGAGAAUGCUCCUCAGACUGGGAAGAAAGUACGGAAGACCACUGCUAAAUUCUACCAGACAGCAGACCUGUCCCAAGGGUCCAGCCAGGAGAGUUUGAGGUUCGUGGAUCAAAGUUUCUCUACUGACGGGAUUGUGCCUACUACCGAGGCUGCUGAGGAGUACUUCCUGGGGACGGAGAGCACCCAGACGCCCCCUCCCUUGCCCCCUAAGCCCAAGCACCUUCCUCCAGCGACCUCGUGGCCUCCUCAGAUCCGACCAGGAAGGACCAGACGUGCUGUUUACCUUGACCAGCCCAGCAGCAGCUUUGUCUGACCACUGUCAAACAUAAUAGCCUGUAUAAAUUGUAUACUGUGUAAUAUAGGGUUGCUUUUAGGGAAGCAUUGUUAGGUUCAGUAAAAAUGUAGAUUGCUUGGGAGUAUACUUGACUUUAGAUAAGUUUCGAGUUAAAUACUCAACAAGUAAAUUCUGUUUUCCUUGGAACCAGAGCAUAUGUGGUUUGUGGGUUACUUUUUAUUAAUCCUCUCUUGACCCUGUUACCACAAUGCGCAGUUGGCACAUCAAUUGUGCAAUUGGACUGAAUUGAUUUGGCCGCUGAGCACAUUUUUUUACUUUAACAACUCUAGUAGACAAGAACUGUUAGAUGUCAAAAAUUGUUGUGAAACGUAAUAAACUCUAUAAUGUACUGGUAUUUAUUGUCUAAUAAACUAGUAAAUUAAAUGAAUUUUAAUUUGUCAUAAAAUUACUUAACUUACAAAUAUAAAAUGAAGCAACAAUAUACAUUUUCAUACAGUGUAUGGCUUGCACAUAAAAAAAAGUCUAUUCCUGUUGACACUGAUGACAUUGGUUUUGAUGAAAGGCAUAUCAUAGUGCAACAACAGUGAACAAAGACAAGGUUAAUGUGAAUAUAUUAUUUCAUGAGAAAUUAAAAAAAAACUUUUACUAGCAACACAAAGCAGAUUAAGCCAUUUGUUUGAGAGAGGGUUAGCGAAAGAGGCCAAGAGAGUAUCUUAGCAUCAUUACCAUUGUAAAAGUUAAAAAAUGGAAUGAGCUUAAGUAAUAUGAUGGGUUUUUUUAUAUCAAUAUUACGUCAUGCCCAGUUGUUUUGGCACUAAGAGAAAGCAGAAAUUACUUCGAAAUUGCCACUAUUGCAUAUAUAUUAGUUUUACAUUCAGUGUAAAUAUGGUUCAAAACCAUGUUCAAGUUCAACAAAUACAGUCAUGUCUUAAGUGAUAAUUACAGUAUAAACAAUGAAAAGAAUUCAAGAGUUAAUAUGUUAGUUGUUUAUCAUUCCAAGAUAUAAAUUUAUUUUUAUAUGAAAAAACGAAUGUUUUAUAUACAUAUUUACAAAAAUUAUUUAAUUCUAUAUCUGUUAUAAACUUGAACUAUUUGUUUAGUGUACAAUUUAAUGAUCCAUAGAUAUUGUCAAGGAAGUCUUAUUCUAUAUUAGAAGCUAGUAUGUUGUAUUUAUUUUGUAUUAUUUAUGUAUAACUAACAUAAUUGUUAGUUUCAAAGACUCAAUGUUUGUAAGUAAUUAUAUCUAUACAUUUUUGUUCAAAAACAGCAGCAUAAAUUAUGUGAUAUUAUGUAACAAGUGGCCUUAUGUGAUUACGUGUUCAAUUUGCCAUAACCUUAACAUCAAAAGCUAAAGUAGCGUAUUGUUGACUGAAUAUUGUAGAGUCCUAACAAUUUGAUAGAAGUAUCAAGAUUUGCUUGUAAUUCAAAUGAACUCUCAAUUUAUGUGUUCAUUGUGGCAGUUUAAGAGUUUCCACAAUUUUUGCAGCCUUUUUGUUAAAACUUAUACAAUGUAAAAGUGAUUAACGAUUAAAUAUGCUAAUUUUAGGCGAGUAUCAGUGUAGAGAAAUUGAAUGCAUUUUACCUUUUCUAUUUAGUUAGAAUGGAAGCUAUUAAUAUUUAACUAUCUUGAUUUUAAAUACAAACUUGCCAAAAGAAGAUCUUUAAUUCACACUACAUUUGUACGGAACAAAUACUAGGAACUGUUUAAUAUAAACACACUGUUGUAGUUAACUAGUCAAUUCUCUUUCAAACUGAUAAACCAAAGGAUCAUCACUUCAUCCCAUAAGCUAAUAUAAAAAAAUAAAACAAAGUUUGAGCAUAAUAUGAUUUUGGUACAUUUGCUUUUAUUGUGUAUUACAAUGUUUCUUCAAAGAUUGGAAUCCGUUCUCUUCAUCAGGUGUCAAAAAACCUUAGAUAUUCACAAACAUUUUAAAAACUAAUAAAUAUUUUUAAAUUUUACAGCAGACAUACAUGGUAUAAUAACAUGGUUGGUGCUUGCUCCAAUGACCCCUUAUUGAAUGAAUUAUCGUUUUAAAUCAAACAUUACUAAAGAUGAAUGGCCUCAAUAAAGCAAUCAUACCAUAGCUCAAAUGUUUAAAUGUUAAACAAAAACUAGAAAUUCUAUUAAAAUAUUUAAAAAUAUUUAAUUUCCAUCAGAUUAUUAUUUGUGUUCAAUUACUAAUUACAAUAAAAAACACACCUUUUUCUACUUGACUUAAUUAUUUAAGGAGUUAACACUGAAAGAUAUUUACUGAUUGCUUUCGUCUAUAUUUCCUUAUUUCUUCUGUAGUGUAUUAAAUUUAAAAAAAUGUAGAUUACAUUUUCAUUCCCCCAUUAAGAUUCUGAAAUUAUUUAUAUAUCAGUUUGAACAAUAUCAUUUUAUCUACAGUUUCAACUACAAAUGAUUAAACAGAAUUUCUGUAAUUAGCUAACCGCUAGUCUAGCUUUUAAAAAGAGUUCUGGCCAGUUGCAUUACUAGACAUUUUAUACUAUUAGAUCAAUAUGAAAACUUUUGGAUCUUUGUACCUAUGAAACACAAUGUUUUGCACAAAUAAAGAAAAAACUAGACUGUUUGUUGUUGCCAUUAACUUUAGUAGCUAAUUUGUGUGUGUAUAUUUUUGUGUUAUUUCCAUAUAAGUCUGCAGCAGUUCAAAUCAUAUUUAUACAUACCGUAACAUUUUGCUAUGUAAAUAAAAUAUUUGGAUAUUUUAAUAUAUUUUAUAAAAUUUU